UCCCACCCGCGCGCUCAGCCUCGCCUCGUCUCGCUCCGAGCGCGGCAUGAGAGAGCCCGCGAGACCCUCCCGGCCCUAGGUAGCGAGGCGAGGAGUGACGUCAUUGUUUCAGGAAGUGGACGGCAUGCCUCUUUCCCUCUCCCAAGACCGGAAGCGGGUUUUUUCUGAGCUGCCUCCGCGCUGAGCCGGGAAGGCCUAGAGAGGCGGCGGUGGUGAAGGAGUUGGGGAGGUUCUCGCGGGAGCCGAGUGAGUUGGCCGAUGCGGGGAGCGUGGAGCGUCCGAUGCCGAGCGGCGGUGGCCUAGCCCCGGAAACGAAAGACAUUGCUGAUGGAUGAGCUAGUACAUGAUUUGGCCUCAGCUCUUGAGCAGACCUCUGAACAGAACAAGCUGGAUGAAUUAUGGGAAGAAAUGACUCUGAGCCCAAGGCAGCAGCGGCGGCAGCUUCGUAAGAGACGGGGACGCAAGCGGCGUUCAGACCUUACACACCAAGCGGAACAUGCUUGCUGCUAUAGUGGGGCCUCAGAAUCCAGCCUAGAAGAAGUUGUGGAGGACUGCCGGGAAGUGCUAACUGCUUACUUUAGUGACUCUGAUGACAUGGCAGUAGCCAAACAUCCAACUCUCAGCACAGCUCUCAAGAAUAAGCAACACUCAUGGCAUGAAUCAGACUCCUUCACUGAGAAUGCACCUUGUCGACCCUUAAGGCGCCGUCGAAAAGUUAAGCGUGUGACAUCAGAAGUGGCAGCUAGCCUUCAACAGAAGCUCCGAGUAUCGGAAUGGACUUAUGAGAAGGGUUGCAGAUUCAAAUCAGCUAAAAAGCAGCGCCUGUCCCGUUGGAAGGAGAAUGCUCCCUGGACAUCAACUGGCCGGGGACUCUGUGAGUCAGCAGAGACCAGGGCCUUCCUCAGCAAAGGGGGAAGGAAUGAAAGGAUGGAAUGUGAAGCAGAUGAACAGAAACAGGGUUCUGAUGAAAACAUGUCAGAAUGUGAAACCAGCAGUGUUUGCAGCAGCAGUGACACUGGCCUUUUCACCAAUGAUGAAGGUCGCCAAGGUGAUGAUGAACAGAGUGAUUGGUUCUAUGAGGGUGAAUGUGUCUCAGGUUUCACAGUCCCCAACUUUUUGCCCAAGUGGGGACCUGACCGCCCAUCUGAUAUGGAACGAAUGGACUCAAGCCUUGAAAAAAUCUCAGAGCCAACAUUCCUUCUGCCCUCUCGGCCUGUUACAAGAGGAUUCCACCCUCGCUUGAACCGUCUUCCCAGUGUUGCUACCCGCUGUCUUAGGAAGGGCCGUAGAAGGCUGGUUAGCAAGGAGACCAUCAUGAAUGCAAUGGGUUCUGAGAGGAUUAGCCACAUCAUUGGUGAUUCCUGCCAAAAAGAAAAGAACAAAGUGCUGGCUUCCAAUUUCUUCCACAUUGCAGCCUGGGUCCAAGAGUUCAGUCCAUUAUCUCCACUGUAUUCCUUGGAUGUUCUUGCUGAUGCUUCACACCGAAGAUGCUCACCAGCACGCUGCUCAGCCAGGCAGACUAAUAUACAUCUGGGACCACCGUGCUCAAGGGACAUCAAGAGAAAACGCAAACCAGUCAUGGCAACAGCCUCACUUUCCAGCCCCAACUCAGCAGCUUUAUCUAUCCACAUAGAUGCAUCAAACCCCGAUCCUCCUGUGACCCACCAGAACUGACUCUGGAGCCAGAAUCGAUCCACCAUCCGAAAGAAUCAUCAUGGUCACUCCCAACAGCUUUUUAAAAAAUGCCAUAUGAAGCGGUACUAAAAGCAGACCAUUCUUCUACUGGCAACUAGCUCUGUUUUUUAAUCUGUUGGACUCUAGAGUGUAUCACAAUUUUUAAUCAGUUGCCUUGACUGGCAAUAAGUAUUAUUAUGUGACAUGUCAAUAUUAUUUGAUUACUCAAUAUAUCCUGCAAAUCAUGUUUGUAUAAAAAUGCAGAUGUGAUCCGUGUUGAGAUUUCUAUACUAGUAAUGUUUCUAUUGGUGUGCAAAGUAGUUAUUGCACACUUGCUUCUUUGUUCUCAAAAGCAAACAAAUAUUGUGGAUAUGUGCAAAAUGUUACCGUUUAUUGAAAAUGCUUACUUUUGUUACUGACCUCUUCAUAUUUGGAUGUAUCCAUUGUACUAGAAUUUCUGUAUUAAACAAGGAAAUGUUCUAACUGCAGUAUUUUGAAGAAGCAGACUCUGCCACUCCAGCAUGGAUGAUUUGAAUGGAGGGAAUACAGUAGAUGUUUGAUAUGGAUUGGGUAAUUUGAGUGCUACAGAGCAGAGGUCUCCAACCUUGGCAACUUUAAGCCUGCCGGAUUUCAACUCUCAGAAUUCCCCAGCCAGUAAAGUUACUUUUCUAACAAUUACUUGUUAGAAAAA